CAAGCGCUGCAGCUGCCCGCUUUUUGUUUGGAGUUGUCGCUCCAUACAAAUCCACGACUGAACAAUAUCUUAAAUGAACCGUGUGUGUGCUAGCAGAUUCACUAAGUUCGCAGUUUAUUGACGAGUGUUCAGUAAAUAAACAUUGGCGUCAGUUAACGACAGAAAAACGCUGUGUUGUGGGUGUAACGUGUGAGAUUCACGUACGAUAACCGUGCAACGUGUUCGAAAGUUUGAGUGCAUCAGUUGUUUCUGCAUCAAAUGUAACAGAUUUGUACUUUUUGUAUUUUUUUUACAAUACAAAUACAUUCUUAGAGACAACACAACCAAUAACAUCGGGUUAUAACGUUAGUGUAAUCUCAACCUUGUCUGUUUUUUGGUGUUCACACAACUCGGCUUUAAAUGAGAAAGAUACCUGUGUGUUGUUGCUUUAGCCAAAGUUAAUUAUGCAUUUUCAGUCGUUUGUGCACUGUAGAUAUACUUCACUGCGAACUAAGAAGAGGUGGGUUUCUUACAGGACGUGUUAAAAUUUACGGGCUAAGAGAGACUUGCUUAUAUCUGCGCGUGUAGGGACCGCCCCCUUCUCAAUAGUAGAAAGCACAACUGUCUGCAGACGUCCACGGCGCUCAUUAUUACGGGGACUGGGAAAAUUACCGAUCUUUGUUUUCCGUUUUCAGGUUUUCCCCUAUAACAUUGACCAACAGAAAGAAUAUGUUUGGCUUUCAUAAGUCAAAGAUCUACCGGAGUAACGACGGCUGUUGCAUCUGCAAGACCAAGUCCUCCAGUUCACGCUUCACAGACAGCAGUCGCUAUGAAGAGACGUUCAGCCUCUGUUUUGGCCUGUCAGAAGAUCGUGUUGGAGACAUUUGCAAUGCCUGUGUGCUGCUGGUGAAGAGAUGGAAGAAGCUACCUAAUGGCUCCAAGAAGAACUGGAACCAUGUGGUGGAUGCCAGAGCUGGGCCUGGCUUCAAGGUGACAAAACCCAAGAAGAUCAAGAACAGUGAUGGGAAGAAGAAAAGCAAGUUAAGGAAGCUUCACAAGUUAAAGAGACAAACAGACUCAGAUGCCCACAGCACAACCUCCAGCGUGUCUCCUGCGCAGUCCCCCAGUUACAGCAACCAGUCGGACGAUGGCUCAGACAUUGAGUCCAAACAAAGACGCACGACUCCCUCCAUCUUCUCUUUCUUGGACCGCUCUUACUGGAAAAGGCAAAAGGUGUGCUGUGGGAUUGUCUAUAAGGGGCGGUUUGGAGAGGUGAUUAUUGAUCCUCGUCUCUUCAAGCCCUGCUGCAGUUCCAAAAAACAGAAGACCCUGGCAUCUACACAAGUGGCCACACACCUUCCAGACACACUUCCUCCACAGCUCCCUGAAGAUGCUAAAGAAACCUGGUGACUGCUUUUGUUGAAUCUCCCCCUGUAGGGUUAUCCAUGGUAUCCACCUGGAUUUGUCUCCAGUGGCAGACCUCCCCAUCUCCACUCCCCCAGUUGUAUCGGUUAGAUUUUUCUUUUCUAUGUAAUAAUCCUAUUUUUUAACUUUUGUAUAGAGUUGAUUUUUUUCUUUUUUUUUUUAUAGAAAGCAAAAGUAAAAAAAACGUGUUAUGGGCAUUAGUGUUAUUUAUAGGAUGAGGAAGAAAAUUUUGUUGAGGCUGACUUUCUGAUUCUGAAUUGCUUUUGGUUAUUUUGUUUUAAGUGAUGUUUUGUAAAUAUAUUGUCACUUUUUUCAUACAUAUCAAGACUGUUCUAUUUUUUUUUCAGAAUUUGUUAAAUUGUAAGUGUGCAAAGACACAAGCUAUUUCUAAUACCAGCUUUUUUAUGUGUGCGUUGGAGUGGCUCUUCAACAUGUCGCUGCAAUGUUGUCUUAUCUGUUUGCUCCAUAUGUGCUAAUGUGUGAGUCUGUAGGAUCUAAGAAUGGAUGUUGGUUACACCAGGGAAUAUUGGUUCAACUGUACAACUCCGAAUUUAAUUAACUUUUAAGGUGUGCAUAAGAACAAAUCUCUCUGACAUUUUCACAGCUUAAGCAUGCCACAAAUUUUAAACACUCCACGCAUGCAGUACAUUCCUCUGUGUUUUGGAAUGACAAAAGUGAUUUUAUUUAUUUCUUUUGUACAGCCUCCAAUGAAAUGACAAUGCAUGUUGUAAAGCAAAUGUUUUUUAAAAUGGAUUUUGUAAAUAGUGUUUUGGCUCUUGGUACAUCCAAACCCUUUUUAAAUGACAGAAUGGCAAACCACUACUUCUGUUUUAAAGAGAGAGAAAAAAUUUGUGUCUGAAAGGUGCUGAAAUAUGUACUUGUAUGCUAAGCCAGUUAAGUUUUAGCACAUUUUCACAUCUAAUUUUCUGAGACGCAUUUCUCUACAGGUGUGCAAAGCUGUAGCCUAUGCUCUGUUCAUAAGUAUGUGCAAACUACAGGGAAAGCUAGAUGCUUAAUUGCAGUAUCAGUAGGCUGCAAUAUUCCUUGCUAAUGGCAUAAAGUGGUCAGAAGCUGAACAUACAGGAAACAUAACCUAUGUUUGACGGUUACUUUACAUUUUUGUCAGAAAAAUGCUGUUAGAGAAAAUGAAAUUGCUUCUCCACAGAAGCAGUUGUCAAAGUUAAAACUAUGCAGACAUGUUGAAUGUGAGAAGUGCUCUGGGGCUUUCUGUCACUUUUGCAAAGAUAGUAUAAAGUGAUGGAUCCUUAUUCAAACCAAAUUGGCUUAUAAAAUGCAUCCAUUGUUUCAACAAUAAUUUUCCUAAUCACAAUCCAUAAUUGUCAAGAUAUUUCUUGCGUAUUUCAUUUUUAGCCAUGGUGCAUACUGUCUCAAAUGAAUACAGCAGUGACAACGGUUAUUGUUUUUUUAAUCUUUUUGCAUUAUUGUGAUUAAUCUCAAACUUCAGUAAUUGACAGGCAGUAUUCUGUAAAAUUGCUUAAUAUAAAAAUGUUUCUGCGGCAGGGUAGUUAAAUGCUGAACAUGUUUUAUGAUUCUUAUUAAAAGGAGUAAUGCUGCUCCCUUUUAAGCAGGGAAAUAAGCUUGUUUGUCCUUAGGGAGUUGCCAUAUUGUUUUUGCGAGGUACAUAUUUGGGAUGUGAGAUGUGCCUUAAUGAAUUACCUGACCUUUUCAUUAUGAUUAUCAUGUAAUUUAUAUUUAUUUAUUGCAAAACUUUUUUUACUGAAAUUUUGAUUACUGGUGGAGAGCCUUUCAGAAAGUAUGUUAUUAAUUGUGCACUUCCUUUGAACAUGCAAAGUAGAUUUUUUUAAUGCUUUUUUUGUAUACUGUAUCACAAAGUAGAUCUGUAUUGUAAUAAAAAUAAAAUGACAAUGGAAAAA